CUCCUUCCUUAGGUGGGUAGACUCGCUGAUGGCCCGCGGGAAUGCCCAGCCGCUGGAGAUGGAGGAUUUGUGGCACGUGGCGGAGGAGGACAAGAUGAGCAAGCUAUCUCAGGAGUUUCAAGCCGUCUACGCGGCGGAGGCCGAGAAGGCGGAUGGCCGGGGCGUCCUGCCCGCGGUCCACAAGGAGGAGCGGGAAAGUCCUCGCACCACUUGGGCCCAGGCCCCCUUGAUCCGCACUUUCCUCCGGCUCUUCCGCCUCCCGCUCUUGACCACGGGCGUCUUGCGCUUGGCUGUCAGCUGUGUGCAGUUCUUGCCCCCUCUGCUGAUCGCCCGACUCCUCCGGCUCUUGGAGGCAGGAGGCGGCCUCGAUGUCCGCAGCGGCUACAAGCUCGUCCUGUGCUUGGCGAUGACGCUCAUCGCCAAAACGGGGGUGGAGAACCAGUACUACCACCACCUCUCCGUGAUGGGCCUGCAGAUCCGAGCACUCAUUGCCACGGCCGUCUAUCAGAAGAGCCUUCGCCUCUCUCCGGCUGCCCGUCAAGCCUCCACUGUGGGAGAAAUUGUGAACAUGAUGCAGUUGGACGCCGCUCGUCUGGAGGGCGUCGCCUCCUCUGUGCACACCCUAUGGAACGGUUUGCUGGACAUCGUCGUAUACAUGGCCAUGCUGGUGGCCUGCAUGGGCCCCUCAAUGCUUGCAGGUAUUUUGAUCAUGGCGAGCGUCAUUCCCCUCAACGCGGUCUUUCUCGGGAUAUUGGCGAAAGCCCGAGAACGUACGCUUAAAUCCACGGACAGCCGGGUAAAGCUGACCAACGAGGUGCUUCAGGGUAUCCGUUCCAUUAAAAGCUACGCUUGGGAGACGCCCUUUCUGAAGCAAGUGGAGGCAGUUCGCGCUCAGGAGCUGUCCACUAUCAUGUCAGCGGCCAAACUCCGGGGCGUCCUCGUCGCUUUCCUGGGCGCCACGCCCUCCAUCGUCUCCAUGGUCACUCUUUGGGCCUACGUAGCCCUCGGCAACACCCUCUCUGCCUCCAAGGUCUUCACGGCCCUCGCCCUCUUCAACCAGCUUCGCUUCCCCCUUCUGUACUACCCGAUGGUCAUUGCGGCGUUCGCGGAGGGACGCGUGGCUUUGACCCGCCUCCAAAACUUCCUGGACGCUCCGCAAGUGGAAGGCCAAAGGCUUGCGGAGCCUUCCCCCGCGUCGAUGACCAAGUCGCUUCUCACUCACGAGAAAGUAGCGACCACACUCGCCGGAGCCCACUCAGGGGCUGCGAGAGGACAAGGGGAAGGAGUGGGCAUCCAUUUGCACGACGCCUCCUUCUCCUACGCCGUCCAGGCCAAUCGUCCUGCCCCGGGAGCUCAG